AUGGCUCGAAGGAGCGCAUCCCACCGCCCGCUGAUUUUGGCUUGCGUUCUCGUUUGGCUCUUCCACUUUAAAGCGACCUUCAGCAUUCCGGAGGGCAUCCAAAAAGUUGCCCAAGCACAGCGCAUCAGCCCUGAGAAAUUCUUAGAAAAUGUGAGCGGCAAAGCGGGGGCUUACCAAAAGAGCAACAAGAUUGCUGGGCGUGUCGAUUUCAUGAAGUCGUUGAAGGAGGAGAUACAACUCACGAUGUCACUUGAGCCUUGUCAGGCUAUGAAGACGACAGGCUUGCACCUCGUCAUCGGUGGCAAGUCCCUCGGCAAGACGAAGAUUGUGAAGACCAUGGUUGACCAAGCUGGCGACGCUGCGUUGCUCUACGUCGACAUGCGUCUCCCGCCCGUGGACAGCUCAGAUGCAUUGGAAUGCCUGCAGGCAGAAGCCAAGCGACGAUGGAGCACGAAAAAUGUGCCUCCUUGGUUGCCCGAUGGCGCGGCGCUGCUUGGUGCUCUGUCUGCAGCUGUGGCUCGGGUGGACUUCAAGAAGGACGAGGUUGUGCAGGGUGGACUGGCACAGGCUUUUUCUUUCCUGUUAAAUAUCAAAUCACCUGAAGGCUUUGUCAAAGCCUUUGGU